CAAAGUUUGCUGCUCCUCACCAGUCUUGCAGUGUUUGGGCGCAACACUAGGAAAGCAGCAGAGAGAAACUUAGAGAAACUAAGAGAAACUUAGUUCUAACUUCACCUGGAGUCUUUGGUCUCCCUCUCUUCUCAAAUUAAGAAAGAGGGGGACAUUUACCCGCCCUUUGCUGCAGUCCAAGGGUGCCCCUAUGAAGGCAGUUUGCUGGAUCCUGGCAGGUUUUUACCUGCUUUUCUGCUGCAAGGCAGAAGAGGGACUGAACUUCCCUACUUACGAUGGGAAAGACCGAGUGAUUGACCUGAACGAGAAGAAUUACAAGCAAGCACUGAAGAAGUAUGACAUGCUUUGCCUGCUCUUCCAUGAGCCUGUGAGCUCUGACAAGGUCUCCCAGAAGCAGUUCCAGAUGACAGAGAUGGUCCUGGAGCUGGCAGCUCAGGUCCUGGAGCCCAGGAGCAUUGGCUUUGGGAUGGUGGACUCCAAGAAGGAUGCCAAGCUUGCCAAAAAGUUAGGCUUGCUUGAAGAGGGAAGUCUCUAUGUCUUUAAGGACGAGCGGUUGGUUGAAUUUGAUGGGGAACUGUCUGCAGAUGUCUUGGUGGAAUUCCUCUUAGAUUUGCUAGAAGACCCCGUGGAGGUCAUAAACAGCAAGCUGGAGCUUCAGGCCUUUGACCAGAUCGACGAUGAAAUCAAACUCAUCGGCUACUUCAAGGGAGAAGACUCAGAACAUUUCAAGGCAUUUGAAGAAGCUGCUGAACAAUUCCAGCCCUACGUCAAGUUCUUUGCCACCUUUGACAAAGGGGUUGCCAAGAAGCUGGGCCUAAAGAUGAAUGAGGUGGACUUCUAUGAACCCUUUAUGGAUGAGCCUGUUCACAUCCCUGAUAAGCCUUACUCAGAAGAGGAGCUGGUUGAUUUUGUGAGAGAGCACAGAAGAGCCACCUUGAGGAAGCUGCGCCCAGAGGACAUGUUUGAGACGUGGGAGGAUGACAUGGAGGGUAUUCACAUUGUAGCUUUUGCUGAAGAAGAUGAUCCAGAUGGUUUUGAGUUCCUGGAAAUCCUGAAGCAGGUUGCCAGGGACAACACUGAUAAUCCCGACCUGAGCAUUGUUUGGAUUGACCCUGAUGACUUUCCUUUGCUCAUCACUUACUGGGAGAAGACCUUCAAGAUCGACCUGUUCAGACCACAGAUCGGGAUAGUGAACGUCACGGACGCUGACAGCGUCUGGAUGGACAUCAGAGACGAUGACGACCUGCCCACAGCCGAGGAGCUGGAGGACUGGAUAGAGGAUGUGCUUUCUGGGAAGAUAAAUACUGAAGAUGAUGACGAUGAUGAAGAUGAUGAUGAUGAUGACGACGACGACGAUGAUGAUGACGACGAUGAUGAUGAUGACGACGACGAUGAUGACGACGAUGAUGACUAACUAUGACUCUGUGCAGUUUGACUUGUGGGGCCCGAGAGCCCUGGCCCUGUGGCAGGUCCCUCCAUUGGAAGACCUAAGUUUGAGCAUCAGCAAGCACCGCUGCUCCUCUUUUCCCCUGGGCCCCGCUCCCCCUGCCCUUGCCCUUGCCGGGCCCCCCCCCCGCCUGAUUCCCAGCGGUGCUGAGCCACCGGGACUGCCCCUGCGGAGGGCAGCACCAGCACCCAGCACCGCUGCAAAUCAUGCCUCCUUAGUAAGGACAGUAGGAAUCUGCAGGGAAUCUGCCCCGAGUGUCCCAGAGCAGGAGAAAAGUGCCUGCCUGCUUGCUGCCAGAGGGACGCAGGGAGCCAGUUUGUAUUUUCUGUGUUCAUCAGCCCAGUACUUAACAUCCAAAGACCAAAUCUCAUUUCAAGACAUAGGGAAAAGCCUAAAUAUAAAGUUUAGCCCUUUUAUUAAACACAAUGCCCUUUGCAGUUACUCUGCCAAGACCACUCAAUCCUGCAAGUUGUGCUGCAGGAGUCUGUAGCUACUCCCUAAUAUGCUGAGAGCCAGAAAAAUGCUUUGGGAGGGGAGGGAGGUUUUAGGGAUGCUAUUAAAGUUUUCAGUGAUUCCACAUAACGACAGGAUAUUCUUAUCUGGCAGUGCAAUGCAAAACCAAACACUGGGUCUGAACCUCUUUCUUCUUGAAAGCUCAGGCCACAGCUGGAGUCAGUGCAGGGGCCCUGAUAUGAGACACAAAGCUCCUGAGUUCCUGAACUGUUGGACAGGCUGGUCCAGCUCAGAGCCCAGUGUGAGUCCAAACCACUGAAGAUCAUGGCACUGAGCCAAGCCAAUGGAAACAUCCACAGGGGCCCACCCUGAAGCACUCCUAUUCCCCAUGACCUUCCAGCUUUUGCUGACUCUUCACCCAAAGUCCAUGUAGCAUCUUUUCCAUGACUGAGGUGUCAGGAGGGAACAGAUCCAUCCAAACAUAUUAGAUAGUGGAUGAGUUGCACUGGGGUGUGAGCAACAGAGGGAUUCAAACUGUUUGGCUUUUGAAUAUUUAGUUGCACAGUUACUCCCUGCCUAGAGACUCAGAUAUCCCAUGUGAGAAGCCUCUUUUGACUGCAGGCUGAGAAGGAGUUCAGGGUACCAGUCAAGGGGGUCACCCACAAAGUCUGUCCCAUGGUCCUGGUGAGUGCAGCACCAUCCAUGUGCAGGUCACUGUGGCAGCAUUAGGUCUCCCUGCUUUCUCAUGCUGGCAGAUUUCAAUUGUCUUAGCUUCUUAUGUUUGGCAAUAGUGCAAUGAAUGGAGAGUUCAGAGAUGGUGUUAUCUUUAUAAAUUCAUUUAUAAAUACAUUUAUAAAGAUGUUCUCCAGUUGUUCAGAGUUGCUAGCAUAGGUAGUGUACACAUCUCCUCUCUUGCUACAAACAAGAACCAUUGUUCUGACCAUCCUUAUAAUGGCUUAGGACAGAGGUAUGUGAUGUGAGGGAAAAUUACAGUGUGAGGGACAGAAGAAUCAGAGUUACACAAAUGUGAAUCAGCCUGAUGAGAAACAAGGUUUACACAUUAUAUAUUUCCUUUAUCUGAUGAACUGCAAAGCAAGAUUUUAUAGAUUUUUUUCCUGCCUGUUGAUCAGUUUCUUUUAUUUUCUCUCUCUACAUUAGCUGAAAUAGAAAUUUGAAAUUACUGGUAUAAAAAAGCUGAAGUAGUGAUAUGUUCCCAUGUGUGCCAUAUCCCCUUGCUGGAAAAUACCAGUAUGAACAACACA